AUGAACACCAAUGUCUGCGUGGAGCCCGGGCCGAGCCCGGAGGCCCCGGGCUUGCCCAAGGAAAGCCACCUGCCCGAGGGGGCCCUGAACAGCCUUGUGGAUUACAACUCGGAGAUGGAGCGCUACCGCUCCUUUGCCACCUCCUUCUACAAGACCAACGGGGGCGCCUUCCCGCAGGCAGCGAAGAUCGCGCGCAUCACCACCCCCAUCUUCCCCAGCAGCGCCGCCGCCGCCGCGGCCGCCGCGCGCAUCGGCAUGUCCCCGUGGAACUGCGACAACGCGGCCACCGCCGCCGCCACCGCGAUGCUCUGGGGCAGCGGGGGCGGCGGCGGAGGCGGUGGGGGUGGGGGUGGGGGCGGCGGGGCCGGCAGGAAAUCCUCCUCGGCCGCCGCCUCCUCCUCCGCCUCCUCCUCGGCGAUCCUCCCCGCCGCCGGCGGUGGCGGUGGUGGUGGUGGCGGCGGCGGUGGUGGCAGCGGCGGAGGCGGCGGCGGCGGCGGCGGCAGGACCAGCAUGCACCACCGGAACGACUCCCAGCGGCUGGGGAAGGCUGGCUGUCCGCCAGAGCCGUCGUUGCAAAUGGCAAAUACUAAUUUCCUCUCCACCUUAUCCCCCGAACACUGCAGACCUUUGGCGGGGGAAUGCAUGAACAAGCUCAAAUGCGGCGCUGCUGAAGCAGAGAUAAUGAAUCUCCCCGAGCGGGUGGGGACUUUUUCCGCUAUCCCGGCUUUAGGGGGCAUCUCAUUACCUCCAGGGGUCAUCGUCAUGACAGCCCUUCACUCCCCCGCAGCAGCCUCAGCAGCCGUCACAGACAGUGCGUUUCAAAUUGCCAAUCUGGCAGACUGCCCGCAGAAUCACUCCUCCUCCUCCUCGUCCUCCUCGGGGGGAGCUGGCGGAGCCAACCCAGCCAAGAAGAAGAGGAAAAGGUGUGGGGUCUGCGUGCCCUGCAAGAGGCUCAUCAACUGUGGCGUCUGCAGCAGUUGCAGGAACCGCAAAACCGGACACCAGAUCUGCAAAUUUAGAAAAUGUGAAGAGCUAAAGAAAAAACCUGGCACUUCGCUAGAGGUCAGAGGAGAUGAUUUCUUGUUUCCCAGUCUUGCCCCCUCCCUCCUCACUCCCCUGCCCUCUCCCCCACAGGGUUUCUUGUCUGGAUUCAAGACUCAGCAUCCCCUUUUCUGA